UAUAAAUGGAAUACUAAGAUACAGAGAAAGGAGCUUCUCCUCAAUUAUUUUUGCCCUACUCUGUUUUGAUAAUAAAAAUUCAACUAUAUGUUCAAUUCUGUCUGUGCUAUUCUCUAUUUGUCCUCUCCCAACCCAUAAAGCAAUAGCAUAUAGCUUGGAAAUGGCAGUCGCUUACAAAUUGCUACUACCACUCUGCUUGAUCGCAUCAAUUCUAAUCCUUGAAGCAUCGGCAGGUGCCGUGGGAUGGAUGAUGCCGGCGGUGAGAUCCGGCUGCAGGGGGACCAUCGCUGAGUGCCUGGCCGGCGGAGACGACGAGUUCGAUCUCGAUUCGGAGUCCAGCAGGCGCAUCCUAGCCACGAGCCGCUACAUCAGCUACGAGGCGCUAAAGCGGAACAACGCCCCCUGCUCGCGCCGCGGCGCCUCCUACUACAAUUGCCGCCCCGGCGCGCAGGCCAACCCCUACCAGCGCGGCUGCAGCGCCAUCACUCGCUGCCGGAGCUGAACAUUCCAUUCCAUUUACUAUUUUUUAUAUAAUUUUAGUUUGAGAUUAUUAUACGAGGAAUUAGCUAAGGCUGAAAUUGCUGUUUGUGGAUUGAUGCUUUGUUCCCUACAGUUAUCAAUAGUGAGCGAUGAACAAUUUGUUUCACAUAUUUGUACUCAUUGCAUACAUGUGAUUGGAAAAUUGUUGGAAAUUUUAUCCAGAAUGUAAUUCAAAUAUAAUUUCAGUGUUUGUCA